CAAGACUGUGGCAUUCCAAGAUUCCACAGACGGCAUCCCACCAACACGGCUAGCAACGCUUUGUACUACGUCUUCCUGGUCGAAUUGUGUACCGCCGACAUUCAAGAGGCAUUCGCCUGGCACCGCGCCGAUAUACCAAUCCACUUCACUUUCAGCAUCCACAGCCUCGCCCACUUCUGGCCUGUUGUAUGAGCAACACCGAAAUCAAGAUGACGACACGAUCUUCCUCAAUCGACGCGCCUCGUUACUCUCCCGACGAGCUGCUCCAUCUGAGAUCCUCCCUUCCAGUGCUCAAUUGUGUUAUCAAUAAGCUCAACAGGCAUCCUGACAUCGCUUCUAUCGUGCGACUUCCUGAGGAAGCCUUUAGAGACCCGGACAGAUUCACUUGUGAGUCUCGAAGCCUCGUGGAUGUCACGAAUGGACGGAACAAACAGCACAUGAUCAAAGGACACGUGGUUGAAUCCUCGGAGGAGAGUGAAUACCAGACAAUUAGCUCCAGAAAGGCGAAUCGCAGCUCUGACGAGGUCAAGUGGAACUUCCGUCGCCGAGACGCGUCCGACCGAACCUCCCAACCUCAUUCUGCACCAACUGGCGUAGCUGCGCAACAAUCGGACAACUUCCAGAGAUUCUACAGAGCUGUUGUUUCUCCUACUCACGUUCGGGUCACUGCUGGUGGUCGUAUUGUACCAAAUACGCGCACAUCGGCACCGCCUGUCUUUGAGUGGAAUGGUGAAAAGUUCCAUUUUGAGACCAGAAAGACUGAACCCGAUCGAGAUCACCAUAACCUCCCACCAAAUUCCUGGCAACAUAGCGCACCACCUCCUCAGGGAUUCCCGCCGUCGAUUCCAGGCGGUUUCCUCCCUCACUACAAUCUUUUGCCACGGGCAAACCCCAUCGCCAUGGCCACAAUGUCUCCUCCGGUCCAACCUGGCCUUCUCACCACCAAUAGUCAACCACCGCCAGUUAGUGGUGAGAAUGUUGCUGCUUCUCACCAAACCAACUCCCUGCCACAGCAGAUCAAGAUCUCACCACCCACUCAAUUCGACCAGACCAAGCCAUUCAUGUACAAUGGUCAUUUAGUCUACCCAGUACAACCUGGAUUUCAGCCUCCUCCAGGCGCGCUUCCUGUCCCCAUGUCCAUGCUUGGAAACCCGGGCUUCUUGCCUCAGAAUCCCAUGACUGCUCCCACAGGAUUCUAUCCGCCUCAGUUUCCAGGUACCUUGGCGAGCAUGGCGAACCCAUUCAUGUUUCCACCAGGCCAGCAACUCCCAAUGGUAGUACCUAAUGGGUUGCAACCUGCAGAUAAUGUACCCUCGCUGGCGCCAUACCUGCCGUUCCUGCCUCCGACCAUGGUCUCAAUUACGGAACUCGUCAAAUCUCAAAUUCAAUUCCUCCAAAGUGGCCUCAAGCAGAUGGAACAUAAAAUGGGCAACAACAAACACCAAGUUGAGGAGUCAUUCAUGGAGCAUCAGCGCGGCCUUAUCGCCAGUCAGAUCGGUAACUUGGAGGCCAUGCUCGAGACCCAGCUUGCUCAAGAGGGUGCAAUGAUUGCUCAACGCCGAGACGAGCACGGCGGCUUAGGCAUAUCGGUCCCAUCCAGCAAGGAUAUCACAAUGCCCAGUCUCACCUCAAACAACACAAUUGUGGCUCAACCGUCCAAGGAUACUUCUAUGUCUACUGGUGCGCAGGGAGAUUCACCAAAGCCAACUGCUGAGACUGAGACCCCCCAGAUCGAGCAGAGUAAUGGUAACAAGAAGCCUCUCGCUCGAUCUGACUCUACCACCAAGUCCCGAUUGACAAUGGCCGCUGCAAUGGCACCGCCAUUCCAGCCGCGUACACAAGCUGCAAUUGCGCAGGCUUCUCAAUCUCACCUCGCAAACGAGACCUCGAGAUCUGCUGUAACUUCGCCUAUCGAAGAUAUUCUUUUCGAGACGCAAGCCCAGAUUGAAGCUCGUCUUCUGGCUAAGUCUUCUACUGACUGGGGUUAUGGUGGUUUCCCUGCUGCCACGAAGAAUGUUACGCUUUCUAGGACUCAAAGUGUUCAAGAAUCGUCCAACCAACGCCAGAUCGAAGCACCACUUCCUGUGCUCCAGAAGUUCAACACAUUCCAUGGCGAAACAACAACCAUGGCUCCGGCGAGCCCACCGAUCAUCUCUCCGAACGCAGUACCAUAUCUUGUUGGUAAGCCUCCAAAUGGUGUUUCUGCCAGUCAGGUUAAAGACUCGGACUUUGUCUAUCCCCGCCACCUCACACAAGACGAGGUUCGUGCACGAUUUUUGUAUUGGGGAAAGGCUCCUCGUUCUGUCCAGAGUGGCUUGCCAAAAUUCGAUGGCAAAGACUUCUAUCCACCAUCUCCAGUCAAGCAAGACGCCCAAUUGGCAACUGUCACUCCGAGCAACAGCAGCAGUGCAAUAGUUCCCCAGCUGAACUUCGAAAAACUGUUUGAUUCUCCAGCACCGUCGCCCCAGCGCAUUGUCCCUUCUGAAAGAAUUGCUCAGUAUAAUCAAGUCAGUAUUCCCAACCAGCCAGCCAGCUUCGGAACUCCUGAUCAUGGUGAAUAUGGAUCAUUGUCAUUCCAUCCCAGUUUCACUGGUCUGUCCCAUUGGUCGACCCACGAUAGUCGUCUUGAAGAUCUCCCACAACAGCCACAAACUCCAUCUCGUCCCACUUGCGCUCGCAAUUUGGUCAUUUCACCAGUCACUGAAGACUUCUCUCAUCUGUUCCUCGAGCGUGGAGUGCCGGGAUACAAGUCGCCAUCUCCACUGCACAAUAACACGACGGAGUCUUUGGUGAAAUUUGAGAAGGAGCCUGUUACGCCCAAAAACCCUGGUUCUCCUAGCGAGAGUGAUCGGGAAUUAGAGACUGGAAGAGUUAACUCCGAGAUGCAAACCACCGCUGAAGUUGUUGAGAAUGAUGCAUUUAGUGACAAUUCAUCGGUUGAGUUCCACCUUUUACCGCAGAAGACACGCUCGCCAAGAACUUCUCACGAGGCCAGCUUUGCCGAACGUGUUGAGAAUUUCCGAAGCAUUGAGCAGCAGACACUUUUCUUGCAGAACAUGCUGAAGAACACCACUCAAACACAAAUGACCAGUCCAGCCCUGUCGGGAGCAAUCUCAUCAGCAACAGCUCAUGGUUACUUGCCUCAGUACCGCGGCUCUGCGGCUGCCUCUCUUGCGCCUGCUAUGGUCAAUUUCGCCACGGGUGAGCGUGACAGCGAACGUUCAACGGCGAAGCCUGAAAUUACGCAUGACUCUGGUGUUGCUCCGAGCAUUUCAGCCAACCCCUUGCCAGAGAACCGUCCCUUGAACGUAAAUCGUUUCCAGCGACCGACGCCUCCGCCUGCAGAGACCAUGGGAGCCGAGGAGUACAUGCGAUAUCUUACCCAGAAGGACGAGGCCGACAAAAAGCUACUCGAGAAGCAAUGGAACACUGAUGAUAGCGGCACUGGCCCUGUCUCUGGUUCUGACUGGUAAAUCUCUGACUCCCUCCUUCCGGAGUUCAUUGCAGCGAUCAUUGUGUGAUGGUUCUUCUUGAUAAUAGCGGUCGUCUUGUGCCGAGAAGAGGUCACACUUGUCACGGUCUCUCACGGUCUUGUAUCAACAAUCCAUCCCAGCAAUCUUAAGCCCGGUAUUGUCACUGGUUGCAUCUAUGUUCUUCACUCUACCUGUCUAUGCAACUCUCACACCUCAACUUUCGGGCUCAAGGGCUGGGGGCUGGGAGAUAAAGGCCGAUACAUUGUAUCGAUACUGAUAUUGUUUGCAUGGCAACAUUCAUUUCCCCUCAUUUGCCCUUUUCCACGGCUUUUGCCCACAGCCAUGUAUGAACUAUUGUUGUAGGAUUAUUUUG